AAAAUAAACUUUCACCGGAAAUCGAAGGCGUCGUCUCCGUGUUCGUAGCUAACAGCGCGCGGACAGUCAGAAAACUUCAUCUGAAAGCUUCAUAGUUUGAGCUGUGAGUGACUGUUGAACGUUGGGAGCGACUUUUCCAACCGUUUAUUUCCGUUAGGAGCGGCUGAGCGUUACUGCGCUGAUUUUAAUGCAGAGGUCGAAGCUCGUCGAAGUUUAACGAAGUAAAAUCGUGAGAAAAGUUGGUUUUCUGUGAGUCCAGCGCCGAGAAAGACAGGAGGGUGAAAGAGGAUAUAACGGAAUCACAGGUUUGAACCGAACACAGAGAAAACAAGAGAAGAGGACGAAACAAACAGGGAGAAAGACUGAAAGUGAAAGUAUGAAGUCAGUCCAGACGCCAUUUUGACUCCACAGCAGAAAUAAACAGGACGUGUGCAGGUGUUACAGGUUUACCUCUCAGACCAGAGAAGAUGAAUGAUUUGGAGGAAGAGGAGGACAGAGCAGAGUCUCCAGGAUCCAACUGUCUGUCUAUGAAGAGUGACUGGUCCAAAGAUUUUCCUCCACACUUCAGUGAAGAACCUGGACCCUCAGACACAAACAGUCAUCAGACACAGUUUCCACUACGGAGAGCAGAGUCUCCAGGAUCCAGCUGUCUGUCUAUGAAGAGUGACUGGUCUAAAGAUUUUCCUCCACACUUCAGUAAUGAACCUGGACCCUCAGACACAAAAGAGAAGAAGAGGAGUGGUGUUUCUGUGGAGGAGCAGCUGUCCUGCUGUGAUCUGUGUCAGGACGUCCUGAAGGAUCCAGUCUCUACCACCUGUGGACACUGGUUCUGCAGACAGUGCAUCACCUCAUACUGGGACCAGUCUGGUCCCUCAGGAGACUCCUCCUGUCCCCAGUGUGGACAAAGAUCCAGACCUGUACUGCAGACAGCCAGUCAGACCAGCACUGUACAAACAGAUAGUGGUCUGCAGGAGGUUUUAGAUGAACAUAAGAUCAGUCUGAGGAGGAGAUGUGAACGUGUGACUGAAGGAACUGAUGGAACAGGAAGUAGAACCCGCCUCAACAGGAUCUACACUGAGCUCUACAUCACAGAGGGACAGAGUGAAGAGGUUAAUACCCAACAUGAGGUGAUGCAGCUGGAGACAGCUUCCAAGAAGAAGACCCUCUAUGACACUCCAAUCAGGUGCCAGGACGUCUUUAAAGUCUUACCUGACCAACAGAGACACAUCAGAGUGGUUCUGACCAACGGCGUCGCUGGUGUUGGAAAAACCUUCUCAGUGCAGAAGUUCACUCUGGACUGGGCAGAGGGCUUGGAAAACCAAGAUGUCAGUCUGCUGGUUCUGCUUUCGUUCAGGGAGCUGAACCUGAUCAGAGAUGAGCAGUACAGUCUUCUCACGCUGCUCCAUGUUUUCCAUCCAACAUUACAGAAGGUCACAGCAGAGAAGCUGGCUGUCUGUAAAGUUCUGUUCAUCUUUGACGGCCUGGAUGAAAGCAGACUUUCACUGGAUUUCAACAACAGGAAGGUUGUGUCUGACGUCACACAGAAGUCAUCAGUCAACGAGCUGCUGACAAACCUCAUCCAGGGGAAUCUGCUUCCCUCGGCUCUGGUCUGGAUAACUUCCAGACCUGCAGCGGCCAAUCAGAUCCCUCCUUCAUGUGUUGACAGGGUAACAGAAGUACGAGGCUUCACUGACCCACAGAAGGAGGAGUACUUCAGGAGGAGAUCCAGUGAUGAAGAGCUGUCCAACAGAACCAUCUCACACAUCAAGACCUCCAGGAGCCUCCACAUCAUGUGUCAAAUCCCAGUCUUCUGCUGGAUCACUGCUACAGUUCUGGAGCACAUGUUGACUACAGAGCAGAGAGGAGAGCUGCCCAAGACCCUGACUGACCUGUACUCACACUUCCUGCUGGUUCAGACAAAGAGGAAGAAGAACAAGUACCAUGAGGGACAUGAGACGAGUCCACAGGAGCUGACGGAGGCUGACAGGGAAGUUCUUCUGAAGCUGGGGAGGCUGGCGUUUGAACAACUGGAGAAAGGAAACAUCAUGUUCUACCAAGAAGACCUGGAGCAGUGUGGUCUUGAUGUGACAGAGGCCUUGGUGUACUCAGGAGUUUGUACAGAGAUCUUCAAAAGAGAGAGUGUGAUCUUCCAGAAAACAGUCUACUGCUUUGUUCAUCUGAGCGUUCAGGAGUUUCUGGCUGCAGUCUACAUGUUCCACUGUUUCACCAACAGGAAGACACAGGUACUGAAGAAGUUCCUGGGAGAAGUCUGGUACAACACAUACCAUAACCUGUCUCUGGAUGAAUUCCUGAGGAGAGUCAUGGAGAAAUCCCUUCAAAGUAAAAAUGGCCUCCUGGACCUGUUUGUUCGCUUCCUUCAUGGCCUCUCUCUGGAGUCCAACCAGAAACUCUUAGGAGGCCUGCUGGGUCAGACAGAGAACAGUCCAGAAAUCAUCCAGAGAGCCAUCUACAACCUGAAGAAGAUGAACAUGUACAACACCUCUCCUGACAGAAGCAUCAACAUCUUCCACUGUCUGAUGGAGAUGAACGACCACUCAGUCCAUCAGGAGAUCCAAGAGUUCCUGAAGUCAGAGAACAGAUCAGAGAAGGAACUCUCUGUGAUCCAGUGCUCAGCUCUGGCCUACAUGCUGCAGAUGUCAGAGGAGGUUCUGGAUGAGUUGGACCUGGAGAAGUAUAAGACAUCAGUAGAGGGGCGACGGAGACUGAUCCCAGCUGUGAGGAACUGCAGAAAGGCUCGACUUGAUAACUGUCGACUCUCAGAGAUUCACUAUGAAGUCGUGGCCUCAGCUCUGAAGUCCAACCCCUCCCAUCUGACAGAACUGGACCUGAGUGGAAACUGGGACCUGAAGGAUUCAGGAGUGAAGAUACUGUCCUCUGGACUGGAGAGUCCAAACUGUAGACUGGAGACUCUGAGGUUGAUGAACUGCAGUUUGUCAGAGAUCAGCUGUUCUUCUCUGGUCUCAGCUCUGAAGUCCAACCCCUCCCAUCUGAGACAUCUGGACCUGAGAGGAAACAAGCUGCAGGAUUCAGACCUGAAGGAGCUGUGUGAUCUUGUGCAGAGUCCAGACUGUAGACUGGAGACUGUGAGGUGGAAGUGGUGAUGAGCUGUGUCCUGAUGAUCCAGAUGUUGAAGCAGCAGCAGCAGCAGCUUGUGUGUAGAGAGGCUCUGACUGGACCAUGUUACUGGGAGGUAGAGUGGAGAGGAGAGCUUCAUCCAGCAGUGACUGACAGAGGAAUCAGAAGAAGUGGAGAUGACUCUCAGUGCUGCAGUCUGAACUGAUCUGAGAACAGCUCCACUGUCAGACACAGAGUCCAGUCCACCAUCAUCCCUGUGUGUUCCUCUGGAUCUGACAGAGCAUCAUCAGUGUGUCUGGACUUCAACUUGAUAACGUUGAGCUGAAGUUAAUCUGAGGCUUCAGCAGUGUUACACAAAUCAAGUCAUUCUCUUCCACAGUUCCAGUCUGUUUGUGUUGCUCUCAACAGUUUCCUGGCUGAGCAUCACAAAGAGGGAAUUUCAUUCUGAAAUCACUUGAACUUUGGACCAUUAGUUGAACUCAGACUGUUGAAGCCUCAUGUUCUCUUCAGCUCAACUUCACACUGUAUUAUUGUACAGGAGGAACAUGUUGUUUUUAUCCUCCAUCUCUUCCAUUAACGUUGUGUUAAAUGUUCAUCUGUCCAUUAUAAUGGCGAGUCAACAAGUAUCAUUGAUUUCAUCACUAAUCACUAAUUAACUGCACUUUAAAUCACUUUAUGUUGAAUAAUAUGUUUUUAUAUUUACCUUCUGUUUCUUUACUAACUAAUCUUUGGUGUUGAGUUCUGGUGUUUUUAUAGCAGAAUAUUAUUACAUUUAUAUUUACUCAUUUGACAGAUGCUUUUAUCCAAAGUGACUUAUAAGUGAAGGACAACACCAAAGCUUCAGUGCAGAUAAUCUGACUAUAAAUGGAGGAUCUGUCUGAUCUUUAUACUGGAGGAAACAUUAGAUGAACUAAAAAACACAGUUACUAUGAAAAGAAGAAAAGGUUGUUCUGCUGUUUUUGGUAUUUAGUCAUAACAACCUCCUCCAAUCAGAGGUGGAGUGGAGCCUGAGAGGUAAAACCCAGGACUGAAAAAGUCCACAAAUCACUGGCUGCUGCUUGUAAAGGUUGUUGCUGCAGAUGUACAGUAGUAAAGACAAACCCAGCAUUUGAAUCAGCUCCUCUCUCAUGUCAUCAGCAGCACAGUCAGAGGACACUGCAGAGAGGUUUUAGUGAGGAAAUGACAGUGACACAGUCAUUGAAAUGGUCUGCAGCUCUGUACUUCUGUCAUCAACACUCUGCUUCUUUGUUCACUGACGUUGGAUGUGACAUGAUGUUAAAAAUAAAGUGUAGAUUUCA